CAAAUGCACAACCCCUUGCUCUACUAUGCAUUCAUCCUAGCACUGAUCUGCUUCCUCACUCUACCCGCGUCCGCGUCCGCAGCCGGGGUGGUCGCGGCGCGGCAGAGCGAGGCGCAGCAGUUCCUGGGCCCGCAGAACGCGGCGCGCUCGGCGCUGCGGCUGCCGAAGCUGGUGUGGGACGCGAGCAUCGCGCGGUACGCGGCCGGGUACGCGGCAAAGCGGCGCGUGGACUGCGAGCUGCAGCACUCGAAUGGCCCGUACGGGGAGAACAUCUUCUGGGGCAGCGGCAACGGUUGGACGGCCGCCCAGGCCGCGGCGGCGUGGGUGUCGGAGAAGCGGGGGUACAACUACUGGUCCAACUCGUGCGCCUACGGCCAGGACUGCGGCCAUUACACCCAGAUUGUGUGGCGCGGAACGAGGCGGAUCGGCUGUGCCAGGGUGGUUUGCUACGGCGGGCGCGGCGUUUUCAUGAUAUGCAACUAUGAUCCGCCGGGGAAUUACGUCGGAGAAAAGCCGUAUUGAUUUUGUCAAUUAUAUUAAAUCAAAUUUAUUUUUAUUUUAUUUUAAUUUUUUUGUAUGGGAUUUGAAUCACCCAUUUUCGUUAAAAUAUGUAUAAAUAAAACACGAGUGU